AAGCGACAGCUGGAGAGGGAGGAGCUGAGGAUCGAGGGAGCAAGCAAGCAGCCAGGCGAAGGUGAGGCCGGGAAGGGCUGCUAGUACUAGCCGGUGGCGAUCUUCUUGCACCGGGGUGUCCUGCCGUGCGAGGGGGAUGGGGGAGCAGGAGAACAACAAGACCGGCGGCGGCAACAACGCCAUGGCGGUGGUGGACGAGGCUCCGGCGGCGGCGGCGGCCAAGGAGAAGGGCCGCGCCGCCGCGGACCCGCGCCUCCAGGGCAUUUCCGACGCCAUCCGCGUCGUCCCCCACUUCCCCAAGCCAGGGAUCAUGUUCAACGACAUCACGCAGCUGCUGCUCCGGCCGGCCGUGUUCAAGGACGCCGUGGACAUGUUCGUCGAGCGCUACCGCGGCAUGGGCAUCGCGGCCGUCGCAGGUAUCGAAGCCAGAGGCUUCAUCUUUGGACCAGCCAUUGCUUUAGCCAUUGGAGCAAAGUUCAUACCGCUGCGUAAACCUAAGAAACUUCCAGGUGAUGUAUUUUCCGAAAGUUAUGUACUUGAGUAUGGGACGGAUUGUUUGGAGAUGCAUGUUGGAGCUAUUGAACCGGGGGAGCGCGCAGUGGUUGUUGAUGAUCUGGUUGCCACUGGUGGAACCCUUUCUGCUGCAAUCAGACUUCUUGAAUGCGCCGGAGCUGACGUGGUUGAGUGUGCAUGCCUCAUUGGGCUUCCCAAGUUUAAGGAUUUCUACAAGCUCAACGGAAAACCAGUUUACAUUCUGGUGGAGUCCCGCAAAUAGGACGUGGUAAAAGAUCAGGCAGAAAAGCUUUCCUCAGAAAAACAAGCUCAAAGCUUCAUUGUUUGCAAGCGCGAGGUGGAAGAAUGGACGCCGAGUACUCUCCGGUAAACUGUGUUGAGGCCAGGGGCCAGAGCCAGCUGCUAUGUAUCUUCAUGGAGAGGGUGAGAUGGAUCGGGUGAAACGUUAGUCUCUGUACCACGUCCCGUCUAGUGUUCUUUUAGUAGCCGUGACUGAGGAGAGUUUGUAGCUAUUCCCGCCGGGAACUUCAGUGUUGGCCAGAGAAUCGAAGGGGAACGGUUUUUCUUCGAGAAUUGUACGUUUUCUGUGUCUUGUUCAGCUCAUUUUCGCAAAAGGCUGUUCAACAACCACCAUACGUGUAAUGCCAGCAUAAAGCCUGAGG